UUAAUAGAUUGAUCGUUGAUCAGCUUUAAAAUGUCUACUAUGAAAGUUUGCGUGCUAUUCAGACCUCUGAAUCCGAAGGAACUAUCUGAGUUCGGAGAUGCUGUCUCUGUUCAAGGAAUUAACUCUGAGUCCUUCAUAGUCAAGGAUGAAAAGGAACAGGAAUUUGAUUUUACCUUCGACAGAGUUUUCUAUCAAGGAUCUGAACAAGCUGAUAUAUAUGAAUUUCUAGCUCUGCCUAUAGUCCAAGGUGCCCUAGAUGCAAUAAACGGUACAAUUAUCACUUAUGGACAGACAGGAGCAGGAAAGACAUAUAGCAUGGAGGGACCAAGCAUUGUAGAUUGUGAAAGCAAGACGAAAGGCCUAUUGCAGAGAGUGGUGGAUGGGCUUUUUGAGGCCAUAACGAAUUCAGAGAAACCUAGCAAAUACACAAUCAAAUUAUCAAUGGUAGAGAUCUACAUGGAGAAAGUAAGAGAUCUCUUUGAUUCAUCGAAGGACAAUAUACAAAUAAAAGAGAGUAAAGUUCAUGGAAUUGUUCUAAAUGGAGCAACAGAAGUAGCUAUAUCCAACUCUGCAGAAGCAUUGCAAAGCUUGUCUAGUGGGAUAGCUAAUAGAGCAGUCGGAGAAACACAAAUGAAUAUGUCGAGCAGCAGAAGCCAUUGCCUCUACAUAUUUACUGUCCACCAAGAUCUUACAAAGGAUAAAAGGACCAAAUUUGGAAAGCUGAUACUCGUAGACUUGGCGGGGUCAGAAAAAGUUGAGAAGACUGGAGCUGAAGGUAAAAUUCUUGAAGAAGCAAAGACCAUCAAUCAGUCCCUCACAGCACUUGGGAAAGUGAUAAAUGCUAUGACUAGCAGCACUCCAGGAAAACCAACUCAUAUUCCUUAUCGUGAUUCUAAGCUCACUCGAAUCCUACAAGAUGCUCUUGGUGGAUGCUCUCAGACUGCAUUACUUUGCUGUUGCUCUCCAAGCCCUUCCAAUUCUUCAGAGAGCCUCUCCACCCUGCGAUUUGGUGCUAGAGCGAAGCAUGUAAAGGCAUCUGUACAUGUUAGUUGCAAGGAAGAUCUAGACAAUACCAAGGAUGCCACAGUCUAUACUUAUGUAGACGAGUCCAGGGAGAGAAUAUUGGCCAAGCUGAGAGAGAGAAUGACUGCCGAUGAUGUUCAAUUGCUUGAGAAAUUAUUUGUACUGGAGGGAAUUUUCUUUGAUCCCAAUUCAAUUGACGAGAUAGAAGCCACAUAUGAAGAUGUUACAUCAAGGACAAUCUCAUCAUUGCAUAAAGCCGUGGAAGAGCUGAGUACUGGUGUAGAGAAGCUGAAAAAGGAGAAUGUCGCUCUUAAGGCCAGCUUGAAAGUUUCUGAAGAGUUUUAUCAACAUCAACUCGAAAGAAGGUCGCUCUGCUUCAUUCUCUGAUUGUAAUUAUGGACCUUCAUUUUUAAAGACUGCAUUUAAGACAUGAAUAUUGGAUUCGAUAAUAGGUUACUUGUCAUCUCAUGACACUUUCAUUUUUUGGACAUGUAAAGGAAGCCUUAAAAGUUAGCAAUUCGUGGAAGCAACUUCCCGUUUUGCUUGCAGGAAGGAUUGAAGUUUUUUGGGCCCA